GCGCGCAGCGGAGGGUCGAGGCCGCCGCCCGGAGCCGCCGGCGGGGCCGGGGCGGGCCCUGAGGGGAGACGGGCCCCAGACGGCCCCGAACCGGCCGGGUGAGGUCGGGGCGACGCGGCUGUGGGACUCUGACCUCCGACUGAGGUUACCUGGGUGGGACAUUUGCCCCUGGAGCAUUCUGCUCAGGAUAAAUCUGGUGACUGAACACGGUGAUGGAGCUGAAACAACGAAACCAGCGAGCAAGGAGACUGCAGGUUUAAGAAGGCUAAAGCUUCACUAGAACUGUGACUAGAAUGGACAGUUACUUUAAAGCUGCUGUCUGUGACUUGGACAAACUGCUUGAUGAAUUUGAGCAGAAUACAGAUGAAUGUGAGUGCUUCAGAACACCUCAAAAUCCAUACGACUCAAAGCUCUCUUCAGUCCUGGAUUGCUUAGAGCAUGCACACCCCACUCCAGAGCUGCCAGAGGAUCCUGCUGGAUGUCCUGCCCCAGAGGAGAGCUCUCUCCGUGCCCCUGCAGGCACAAGUGAUGUGCUCAGCUUCCCACCACCCAAAGAGAAGGGUCUUGCUGGACCUGACCUCUUGUCCACUGUGGACAGUAGUUCCCUAAAUGAAGUUCAGGCUCUGAGCCUGGGAAGGUGUAGCGUGCCUGUGUGUGAUCUUGUCAGUGACACAGCAAAUUUAAUCCCCUCCGUGGCUGCUCCAGAAGGGGCUCAGGAGCUGCACCAGGAUGAGUUCCAGUGCAGCCAGGGGCCCGCUGGCUGUGGCGUGUCUUGUGUCCCCGUUCCUGUUUGUGUGACUUCACCUGGCUGCAGCAGGGCUGCCAGCACGCAGCAGAGUGAUGGGGACUCUGUGUUACAAGAUUCAGGGCAUCUUACAGCAGAACAAAGUAAUAAUUCUGCUUUAAAACCAGAGAGUUACGCUGCAGGAACGGUCCUGGGUCUGUGUGAUGAUCAACACAGGACAGAAGCUGUAAAGUGCAAUGAAGUACUCAACCACCCUGGACAAACUUCUGCCCUGGAUACUGAAUGUGUCACUGUAACAUCACAGAGCUGGAAUGCACACAGUCCCAAAGAUGAGGAAGCCUGUGAAAAACUGCCUUUGGAACCACGAGAUGACAGUGCAUGCUCUGCAGCAAGCAAAGAAGUGUAUGGAGGAAAUGCUAUAGGAAAGGUAGACCCAAACAAUGGGAAUAAUGCUGAUUCCAUGCCUUCAGAUCUGCCAAAGAGGCAUCCCUUGCACAACAGCAAUGCAACAGUACCUGGGAAUCGUGUCUUACCAGGCUCCUCGUGUCAAAUAGGAGCUGAAGUAGAAUUGGAAAAGAAAGUCACAGAAGAGAAUGUAGGUAGUGAAGAACUUCAUAGCAGUGAGAUACCAAGCAGUGUUUUCAGUUCGUGUAUGUCAGCUGAGGAUGUCCAGACAUCUCUGUCUUGUCUUUCCCUUCCUGUGUCCAUGUGUGGUUCACUAGCUGUAACAGAAGAAAAGGUUAAUCUUCUACCUCAAAAUGCUGUGCCAGAGGUUAUUAGUGAUACUGUAACUGUUCAUGCUGGAGAGUCUGAAACUCCUCUCCCUGGCAGGGAAUCCUGUGAAGAUGCUAGCUGGCAUGAGCAAGAAGAUGUAGCUGAAAUCGGUGACAGUAUUGCAGAAGAAAGUGGAGAUGGAGAGAAGUACAGUACUGAGAAUAUAAUUGGUGAUAGUGAUUCUCAGCAAAUCCAGGCUUUUGCUUCUGCUUUUCUAGACCUUGGAGCUGAGCCAUAUGGUGUUGGUGAAGACACUUUUUAUGAUGAGAGCCUGAGCACUGUUAUGGCUGACUUUACUGUGGAGGAGAAUGUUAUUAAAAGUGAUAUUCUAAUAAGUGACGCUGAGCUUGAUGAUUUCUUGUAUGGACAAAGUCUGCAGUCCAGUGUGUCUAAGUCUUCAGACAAUGACGGUAACUUGGUGGAAGCUGAUGUAGAUGGAGGGAGUUUAACAGAUCUGAACAAUCUGGAUUUCACAGAGGUCGAUGAAGAGCUUAUGCAAACAAAACUGGAGGAGAUAACAAGCAUUAAUAGCAACCUUAAAGCAUCUAUUCCUGACAAUGAAGUGGAAGCUGCAGCAGAGGUCAGCAAGUCUCAAAGUCACAGCAUGACUGAGAGUGGCAGUGGAGCUCUGGCUUCUGAUGUUUGUAUUAAAGGUGCAAGACCAAAGCAGUUGCUUGACCUUUCCCAAGGAGCUGCUGGUCAGAAACAACUGAAUAGAACAAAUGUACUUGAAGGAGAAAACCAGGAAUGUGGUUCUGUUAGCUCAGAAGCUCCUCUCUCAGACACCAGUGUAAAUGUUGGUAGUACUGACCCUGGGGAAAGCAGCUGUGAGGCUGGAGGCAGUCAAACAUCUGAAAGCACUGAGCCGUGUAAAGCACCUUCAGCUCUGUCGUGGAAACAGCCCCUGUGGGUCCCAGACUCAGAGGCACCCAACUGCAUGAACUGCCAGGCCAAGUUCACCUUCACAAAGAGAAGACACCACUGCCGAGCCUGUGGGAAGGUUUUUUGUGGUAGCUGUUGCAAACGAAAAUGCAAACUGCAAUACAUGGAGAAGGAAGCAAGAGUCUGCACUGGCUGUUAUGAUGAUAUUAAUAAAGCACAGGCAUUUGAAAGGAUGAUGAGUCCAACUGGUCCUGUCCCCAAUUCCAGUGUCUCCUCUGAGCACUCUCCAGCUGUUCCACCCGUAGAGGAGGCCCAGACACCCGGGGGUGCCAGCUCUCCUUCACCAUCUGCACUGUUGCCUACAUCAGCACUUAAACAACCUGGUCCUGAAGGGCUGUGCUCCAGAGAGCAGAAGAGGGUUUGGUUUGCAGAUGGUAUCCUGCCAAAUGGGGAAGUGGCAGACACAGCAAAGCUGUCCUCAGGAGCGAAGAGGUCGCAGGACUCCAGCCCAGAGAACCCAGACCUGCCCGAGACGCCUGCGGCUGCAGACCCAAAGGAGGAUGACCUGGUAACUGAUGCAAAUCAAAAACUGAAGGAAAAAAUAGAUAAGAUGACAAAAAUGGAGGAAUUACAUCCUUCUGUUCCAUCAGAUGGUGCACAGCAGGCCACUCCAGGCCAGAGUGAGGUGACACCUAGUAACAGCUCUGCCCCUCUAGGGACUGAAGAGUGUUCCCCUGCAGCAGCAGAGGGGAGCAGUCCCAGCUCAGUGGGUCAGAGCACACGGGCUGUGCCUGUCUCUGCUUCAAGCUGCAGAGCACUGUGUGGGGUGGAAAACCAGGUGCGACGAGAGAUCAGCCUUCUUCCUGAUGGUGAUCAGCUGCCACCACUUGUGCUUGCACUGGGUGAAAAAGGGAAAGAUCUUCUGGUGGAGGAACGUCCAUUUCACCAAAAGGUCGCCUUGCUGCUUGGGGAAGGAGGUCCUAAUCCAUUGACUUUUAUUCUAAAUGCAAACUUGCUUGUCAAUGUGAAGCUAAUAACAUAUUCCUCAGAAAAGUGCUGGUGCUUCUCAACAAAUGGACUGCAUGGUUUGGGUCAGGCAGAAAUUGUCAUUCUGUUGCAGCGUUUGCCAGAUGAAGAUGUUUUCCCUAGUGAAAUAUUCAAAUUAUUUCUUGACAUCUAUAAAGAUGCAAUGAAAGGAAGGUUCAUAAGAAAUAUGGAAAACAUUACUUUUACAGAAAACUUUCUCAGCAACAAGGAGCAUGGAGGAUUUCUGUUUGUUUCACCAACUUUUCAGCAACUUGAUGAUCAGAUUCUACCAGAUAACCCUUUUCUUUUUGGCAUUCUUAUCCAUAAGUUGGAAGUACCCUGGGCAAAAGUGUUUCCAAUCCGUUUGAUGUUGAGAUUGGGAGCAGAAUAUGGGGCCUAUCCAGCUCCUGUGGUAAGUGUCAGGCAUCGGGAGCCGCUCUUCGGAGACAUUGGACACACGAUUAUGAAUCUGCUUGCUGACCUUAGAAAUUACAAGUAUACUUUGCAUACCAUAGACAACCUGUUUGUCCAUGUGGAGAUGGGUAGAAGCUGUAUUAAAAUACCUCUGAGGAAGUAUAAUGAGGUGAUGAAGGUGAUCAAUUCCUCUAACGAACACGUAAUUAGCAUUGGAGCCAGUUUCAAUACUGAGGCAGACUCUCACCUCGUGUGUGUGCAGAACAAGCAGGGCCUCUAUCACACCCAGGCCAUCAGUGCCACGGGACAGCCCAGGAAAGUUACAGGUGCAAGUUUUGUGGUGUUUAAUGGAGCCUUAAAAACAUCCUCAGGAUUUUUAGCUAAAUCCAGUAUAGUUGAAGAUGGGCUAAUGGUACAAAUAACACGAGAAACAAUGGAAAGUCUACGUCAGGCAUUAAGAGACAAGAAGGACUUCAAAAUAACCUGUGGUCAAGUGGAUACAGGGGAUGUGAAAGAAUAUGUAGAUAUUUGCUGGGUAGAAAAUGAAGAGAAAACCAACAAAGGAAUUUUAAGCCCAGUUGAUGGAAAAUCAAUGGAAGGAACUCUGAGUGAAAAAGCACCACUAUACAGAAGCUUCGAGAGAGAGGGAAAAGCUAUGAAGUGCACUGAAGUUUACCAUUUUGUAAAGGAUCAUGACCUCUGCAGUGCUGUUCCCCACCAGUUUGUAAAAGAGAUUGCCAUUGCCUGCAGCACUGCUCUUUGCCCUCACCUGAAAACCUUGAAAAGUAACGGGAUGAAUAAGAUAGGACUCAGAGUUUCCAUUGACUCAGACAUGGUUGAAUACUUAGCAGGAUCUGGAGGGCACCUUCUUCCACAGAACUACCUGAACGACUUGGACAGUGCUCUGAUUCCUGUGAUUCACAGUGGGAUGUCAGAUCCUACAGCUCUACCACUGAAAAUGGAAUUAGUGUUUUUCAUCAUAGAACACCUGUCUUGAUGAGGCUGAUUACAUGCAUAUACUGACUUGCUAGAUCUGAACACCAAAGUUGUAAUGCUACAAACACUAGAAAUGUUAAAGUUUCUAAACCUUUUAUGUUUUAAUAGCUUUUCAAACUGUUUUUUAAAGCCCCUCAGAUCCUCUCUGCUUCCUCUACCACAAAACAGUUAGUUUGUGUCAUGAAGUUCUGGAGGUUGACACUGAAUACAGGUGCAGAAGAGUGCAGGUUCUGCUGCUCUCACACAGUGGCAGCACUUGUAGGUGUAGUGUGACUCCAAGCCAUAGGAUUUGCCUCGCCCUCCUAAAGCUGCUGGGGUGCUGUGUGAGCUCUGCAAGAGCUGAGCCCUGGAGCAGGGCUGCCCCAAACGGUUUCCUUUGCACGGGGGGCUCAGAGCCCAGAGCUGCUGUGGCUGUGUGGGUAAACACCUCACUGAGGGCCUUAACUGGGGAUGUGAUGCUGGUGCUUCAGGAACAUACGCUCUCAAUUAAUGUUGUAGAGAGUAACUGCUUUCUUUCUUCUAUUUAUAAGGAUUUGUCUAACUUAAAUGGAUGCUAUUUUUAUAAAAUGUGCUUUUUUCUUUACUCUGUUCAGAAUUCCAUACACAAUUUGACCUUUCAAGGAUUAGGAAAAAACAGAUUACCCUUGAUGUAAUCUACAUGUAGCAAUAAGUCACACAACAAUUCUGCAGUAUUUUUUUCUGCUCCUGUCUACUGCUUUUGCCACAUUUUAGUAGCCACCUUUGCUUUCAGGGAGAACAGAUGUAUUAAGUCUGAAUUUUCACAAACAGGUUGAUUCUAGUGGAAGGUGUCCCUGCCUGUGGCAGGUGGGGUUGGGACACUUUAAGGUCCCUUCCAGCCCAAACUGUUCUGGGAUUUUUAGUAUACCUGAGGUUCUUGCAUAGGAUGUAUUUUUUUAUACUGGGUCAUUUAGAUCUAUUUAUGUAUUUGUGAUGCAUGAGAUUUGUACUGAGGUUCAUCAAACUGCAGUUGGGGUUUGGUAGCAGCCACACAACUGCUUGUCGAGAACAGAACCAGAACGAAAUAUACUCGAGAUCUAUAUUGUUUUCAGUAAAAAUGCUGGUACAAUUUUAUAAUGAGAGUAUUAAAACUUGGAUGCCUUCUUGAUGCUAAUAGGGGAUAUUUUAUGUUUUUGUAUCAAAAACAAUUUGUAAUUUAACCUAAUCCGCUCUGCUGUUAUCUGUGCUUGAACACUCCAGUCCUGGCAGGGUUCAGGCGUUGAGAUGUCACCCUGGAUGGAACUGAGCUGCAUUUCAGCUUCUGUGCUGACUUCUCCUGAGAAGCUGCCGUUAGGGAGACGGGCUGAACCCACGCCCAGUGCAAACAAAACGUGUCCUUGUUGAAAACAAGCUGCACCCAGGCCCUCGAGGGAGCUGAGCACGAGGCUGAACAGUGUUUAGGGUCUGUGACAGGGCCAGGGCACCUGAAGGAGCAGCUGCCUCCUGGCACUUAACCUCUACUAACUCCUUUUCAGUAAUGAUCAAUAAAGUUAACUACAGUGCUUGCAA